CGUGCUGCCCCCUCGGGGUCCCUUUCCCCCUCCUCGGCACGGCUCGUGGCUGCUGGCCCGCGGGGGGCCCAGCAGACUGUUGGGGUGCACGUUUGCCCGUGGAUCCCAGACCCGCUAGUGAUGCAGACCCCCCGCCCCCCGAGACCCCGGCUUCUGAAGGCAGGGGGACGGGGCCAGGGUGAGCGGGGCGUCCCGGGGGCCCCGGCCGCGGUGGCUCCCCAACGCUUUGUGGCACAAGGGGCCUGGUCCAGAGAGUAAAAGAGCUGCCCCGACGUUGCGCGGCGGGCACCGGCCCUUGGGCCCGACGCCCCUGCUCCGGCCAGGUGGGUUGAGUGGUCUGUGCGGCUGCAGCGGGCACUCGUGUCCACAGGCCUGUGAAGGGAGGGGCCAGAACCUCUGGUCUACCGCGUUUUUAACUAUUUAAUAACUUGGCGUGCUGUGCACUUAGAGAAGUGGGUAAAUACCGUUGCUGCCUUCAAGCACCUGCCAGCUCGACUGAGGCAGACAAGUCGAUUAUCUAGAAUGUUUCCUGGGCACCGGCAUGUGCUGGCUCCUGCCCAGUAACCAGGGAUUCGGGGGUGAAAAAGCCAUGACCCUUGCCCGCAAGUAGCCACAUCUCAGGGCAGCUGCUGCCCCGGUGGCAGUCCUGAUAGGAGACCGGAGCACAGAGAAACCCCACGCAGGCCCUCCGCUGGGUGGGUCUUCAUUUCAUGUUGGUUCUUGGUUUCCUUCAGGUUCCCACUGAAGCUAGACUCCAGCCUCCUUGCCUGGUGCGGCGAUCCUCUGCCCUCGGUCCUCUGCCCUCCGUCCACCUGCCCUCUCCAGCAGGGGUCCCCUCUUACUUCUACAUGCUCCCCUCAGCCCAGAUGAGCUGCCUUUACCUGCGAUUCAGGCUCCCACCUGAUGCUCAGAACAGCCUCCCAGAAGCUGCCUCCAGUAGAGCCUUUGGGGCCACAUAGGCCUGAAUCCCAAUCAAGUCCCGACACUGAGGCAGGAAGCGCUGGGUCUGGUUGAGGAGUCUGAAGAAAGCUGGACAUGAGGAUGGGAGUGAGGAGAGGGCCGAGGGAUGGGCCCAGUCAGGCGCGUGUGGGGCUUCACAGGGGUUGGUGGAGUCUCUCUCUGGUGCAGACAUUCCGUUCCAGAGCCUUCGGUACAAGCUCGGACAGAUGAAAAGCUGUGUGUAAAGAACGAGCUUUCUGCAGAAGUGGAGAAUCCGGCCCGGCCUUCCCCAGUAGCCCUUCCCGGCUUCCAGUGGCCCCUCCUCCUGGGAACAAAGGACGAUGGAAAAGCCCGUGGGUGGAAGGAAGGCCCAGACCCCAGAGGAGGAAGUGCAUUCACUGAAGGACACACCCAAAGGAGAGAAAGCGUCGUCUGGGGAGGAAAGGCCAAGCAAGAGGUCCACGUUGGCCAAAAAGCACGGCAAGGAAUCCAGCCCGAGUCCUGAGGAUGAGGAACAUUUGUUUGAUGCCUUCGAUGCUUCGUUUAAAGAUGACUUCGAGGGGGUUCCCGUGUUCAUUCCUUUUCAGAGAAAGAAGCCCUAUGGGUGCAGCGAGUGUGGACGCAUCUUUAAGCAUAAGACAGACCACCUCCGCCACCAGCGGGUUCACACUGGAGAGAAGCCCUUCAAAUGUGAUCGGUGUGGGAAGCUGUUCAGGCACAGCUCUGACGUCACCAAGCACCAGAGAAUCCACACCGGAGAGAAGCCCUUUAAAUGCAGUGAAUGUGGGAAGGCCUUUAACUGCAGUUCGAAUCUCCUAAAACAUCAGAAAACGCACACUGGGGAGAAGCCGUACGAAUGCAAGGAAUGUGGGAAAGCCUUCGCCUACAGCUCAUGUCUCAUUCGCCAUCGGAAACGCCACCCGCGGAAGAAGCACUGAGCGUGGGGGAGCCGUCUGCCGAGAGUCGGCGUUCGCGCCCGUGAGAACCAUCCAGGGCGGGCCUGUCCCGCCGUCCCCCAUCCGACGUCUGAUGGAGGCCGGGGGCCCGCGGGCCGUGCGCUCAGUGCACCUGUGCUUGUGGGUCUCCACCACCAUCGGGACGGUCAGCCCAGCCCGGUACACACGUGCUGGAGUGGGGUACAGGCCAUCUCCAGGUCGAGACACCGUGAUAACAUGGGAGACGCGUGCAGCUGCGUCACCAGAGACGGUGAGUGUGAUUGUGUCACGGCCGUCUGGGCGGGAGGGACAGCUGGAGCUUGCGAGCGGCCCAGCACCUCCCCCUGCGGCCUCCCUGUGGCACCCGCUCUGGUCUCUGCCUUUUCACCUGCUCCUUCGAAGACUUCAGGCUGCAGACUGCUGACCUGCUGGGUCCCGAGCCCAUCCCCGCACAGCCUGGCAGGAGGCCUGCGGUCAGGUCCCCAUGGUGCUGCACCAGACACCUGCUGUCCCCACUCGGCUGGCCGUGGUGACAGUCCUGUGGUUUGUGUCUGGCUUCCCUCCUUGGGCUGGAGCACCAGUCCUGGGACUCAGCUUCCCCUUCCCCCACUGCAUCCCCAGGAACUGGACCCCCUGGCCCAGCCCCCAACCCCGGGUGAGCAGCCCGACUCACCCAGAUGGACCACUCAGGACCUAGAUGCUGCCACCGUGGGAGAUUCCUGCCCUGGACGCGUGGUGGGGGCCCCAAGGAUGUGAGGGCAGCUUCGAGCCAGCCUGCAUCUGCCGUGGGGGUCUUCAGACAUGACGCAGUGUGUGUGCCCUGCCCUCCGGGGAUCAGCUCUCCAGGGCCAGCAGGACAGAUCCCCAGAAAGGGAACCGACAGGUGGAGACCGUUCUGACAAAUCCCUCCUCCUGGCCGUGCCAGGUGGGCGCCCCCACAGCCCAAGGGUGGCAGGCUUGCCCCGGCCUCUCCAGCAGCAGGCAGAACUUUUGUGUGGGUGCCCAGAAAGCCACGUGCAGUGACGUUUAGCACGCGGACCGUCAGAAAAGUUGGAAAUAACUCAAAUGUGCAUCAACAGUGGGCAGACCCUCACC